CGUUAAAGCGUUCUCGAUAAUACCCUCGGCUCUCGCUCUCGCUCUCGCUCUCUCUCUCUCUCUCUCUCUCUCUUAACUAGAUCCACACCAACAGGCCGACUGAGUGCGCGCCCACGUGUCAGGGAAAGUCCCCACCACUGCGCCGCCGCCCUCGCUCGCCGCAGGCCGGUCUUUAGGGGGCGCUGCCCCAAGGCCCGGCCGGGAAGGAAGGGAGGCCGGGAGAAAACGCGUUGGAACUUGGGCCCCGCGGCUGUCCGUAGUCAGCAUUCCCCAACAUGGCGGCUCCCCAGGAUGUCCACGUACGGAUCUGUAACCAAGAGAUUGUUAAAUUCGACCUGGAAGUGAAGGCGCUUAUUCAGGAUAUUCGAGAUUGUUCAGGACCCUUAAGUGCACUUACGGAACUGAAUACUAAAGUGAAAGAAAAAUUUCAACAGUUGCGGCACAGAAUACAGGAGCUUGAGCAGUCGGCUAAAGAGCAAGACAAAGAGUCAGAGAAGCAAAUUCUGCUCCAGGAAGUGGAGAAUCAUAAAAAGCAGAUGCUCAGCAAUCAGACCUCAUGGAGGAAAGCUAAUCUCGCUUGCAAAAUUGCUAUCGACAACUUAGAGAAAGCAGAACUUCUCCAGGGAGGCGACCUCUUAAGGCAAAGGAAAACUGCCAAAGAGAGCCUGGCCCAGACAUCCAGCACCAUCACGGAGAGCCUCAUGGGGAUCAGCAGGAUGAUGUCCCAGCAGGUCCAGCAGAGCGAGGAGGCCAUGCAGACGCUAGUCAAUUCUUCCCGGACUAUCCUGGAUGCAAAUGAAGAAUUUAAGUCCAUGUCGGGGACCAUCCAGUUAGGACGGAAGCUCAUCACAAAAUAUAAUCGCCGAGAGCUGACGGACAAGCUUCUCAUUUUCCUUGCACUGGCCCUCUUUCUUGCGACAGUCCUCUAUAUUGUGAAAAAGAGGCUCUUUCCGUUUUUGUGAGAUCUGAGAGCUGCCACCUUUUGCCCUCUGAGCUCCAACAUCAAGAUCCAGCCAACCAGACCGGCCCACGCCCCCUAGUCCGCUCCAGUCGCUCCACAGGUCAGGUGGAGACACAGCCCAUGGGUUUCUGCAGGUGGCUAAAGUGUAAGGGGCAAGCAGAGCAAGGGCAGAGAGGCCUGUCAUCGGGACACCUGCAGGGACAUGAGGACUCCAAGAGCCGUCGCACACUGUGGGUGGCUGCUGCAUGGAGCACUGGAGCCAGCUCCGGGAUUUGGUGUCCCUCCUGCCUCUCCCUUUCCCACUGUGGCCUUCAUGCCAGGUCUGGUGAAGGGAAGAGAGGAGGGAAGGGAAGGAGGAGGAGGAAAAUACAUCCAUUCCUUGAAUAAAGUUGACUAUUUAAUAGCA